GUUUUCUUCCACCAUCUUCUAUUCAGUUCUCCUCAAUUCGUUUGUCGAACCACUAAAAAAUAAGAAGAUUUAUUUAUAACAAAUACUUAUAUUUAUAUAAAAAAGGUAAAAUAAAAAAUAAAAACGAUUGAAUAAAUUAAAUUUGUCAAAGUAAAAUAAUUGAUUCUUUGCUACAAACUAGUACGUGUUUCCAUUGUCUACAUUGUUAUUCAUCAAGCGUCUUUUGCUAAAUCUCAAUUAAACCUUUUUUUAAAGAUAUAAAAUGGAUAUUCAACCUGAAGAGUGUUGGAGUGUCAGCCAUGAAUGGAAAGCAGUUGUACUUUACGGAAUUGACCGUUUGUAUUCAAAUCAAUUUAAAAUAAAAAAUAUUGAGGAUAUUGCAUUUACUAUUGGCAUGAAGAUGAAUGAGCAAAAGACUCAUUUUGAAGUAUGGGUUCAGAAAUCAAAUGUGGAAUUAUUGAAAGCUUCUAUUCAUUUGUCGGUCAAAGAUAAAUGUGCAAAAACGAAAGUUGUUGAUGAAUGGAAAGACAUUUGUUCGUUCAAAAACUUUUUAUUAUUUCCUUCCCAGGUCGUAGCUCGGCAAGCCUACGAUUUUAAUGGUCGAGCUCUUAGUCAUAAUGUUUACGAUGUUACUAUUAAUUGUAAAAUAGUUUUGCAUGAUUAUAUGCAAGCUCCGAUGUUUGAUAAUUUGUAUGAGGACCUUCAGCAGUUUCUUAAAUCUCAAGAAUUAAGCGACGUUACUCUAGUGGUUGGUGAAGUUGAAAUACCAGCUCACAAAGUUGUCCUCGCUGCUCACAGCCCAGUUUUUAAAGCCAUGUUAUUGUCUGGUAUGAAGGAAGCUAAACAAGGAGAGAUAGAAAUUAAAAAUGUUGACGCUGACAUUAUCUCGGAAAUGCUUGAAUAUUUUUACAAAGGAGAAACCAAAGCCAGCUUUGACACAGAAGUUGCAUUGAAGAUGAUAGAACUAGCAGACAUUUAUCAAAUUGAAAAGCUCAAGAAUAUCUGCCAGAAUACUUUGCUGAACAAUAUGUCCAUUGAUAAUAUUUUCGACAUCGUUGAUGUUGCAGAUGACCAUAAUAUUGAAGAAUUACGUGACCAAGCUAUUAAAUUUAUGGUAAAAUAUAGCGACAGAGUUUUUGCAUUGAAAAGAUUUGAACAACUGUUUUAUAAGAAAUCAGAAUUAAUGUUCGAAUUAAUGACUGCUGUUGGUAAAAAAAAAUAACUUUUUUAAAUUUUGAUAUUCAUAAAUUUUCUUUUAUUAAUAAAUAAUUCAAUUUCAUUUUCUUAUAAAAAAUUAUUCAAGAAAUAUAAAAAAAAAUUUUUACUAUGCAUCAAAAAUUUUAUACUUUAAAAAUUCAGUCGAUAAAUUAUCGACGAUCUCCAUUUGCAUUGACAUAUUUUUUUACAAAAAAAAAAUACACUCUGUUUUUAUUACAAUCAACAAUUUGUUUUUAAAAGUACAACAUAAAUAAAUAAACAAUCAAAAAUUUAAUUUAUCUCCGUCUUUUACAUUAUUGUUAUUUCACACUAUCAAUAAUUAAGCGCCAAUUAAAUCUUAUAUAUUUUAAAAAAAUAUAUUUAACCAGCAUCUGUCAUUGUGAGGCUGAAUUCAACAUCCAGUUUUUAAUUAUUAUAAUUAUCAGUUCCUUCGAACUCUAAAUAAUAUUUUUUUUUUUUUUCUACGUUUUACAAAAAUGAGUAUUGAAUUCGAAGAUGUAAAUACAAUACGUUACGAAUGGAAAGCAACAGUAUUCAAAGGAAUCAUCUGUUUAUAUUCAGAUCAAUUUACAAUGAAAGGUAUCAACAAUAACAUGUCAUUCAAUAUAUGUCUGAUAUUCGGAAUAUAUAACCCAAAUAAAAUAGACGUGUCCAUAAAAAAAUCAAACAUUGAUCUUGUAAAAGCAACAGUACAUCUAUCGGUGCCAGAUCAGUGCGAGCAGGUCCGGGAAAUCGAUGGUUGGAAGGACAUUUGUUACUUCAAAGACUUCCUGACAUUUCCUGGUCAAUUAAAUAAACGUCAAAUGUACGAUUCAGUUGCUGGUAAUUCCUACGUCUACGACGUCAACAUCGUCUGCAAAAUAACUCUGCACAAUUAUAUAAAAGAUGUAUCACCAAAUAACUUUUACGACGAGCUUCAGCAUUUUUACAAGUCAACAAACUUCAGUGACAUCACUCUGAUUGUCGGUGACACUGAAAUUCCAGCUCAUCGAGUUAUUUUAUCAGCAAAUAGUCCAGUCUUUGCUACGAUGCUUCUCUCGGAUAUGAAGCAGUCAAGACAAAAUUUUAUUAGUAUAGACAAAAUAGACAUGGAAGUUACUCUGGAGAUGUUGAAUUUUUUUUACAAGGGUGUUACUAAAGCAAGUUUUGAUACAGACUUUGCUCUUAAGAUGUUGGAAGCUUCUGAUAUGUAUCAGGCAAAUAAAUUAAAAAAUAUUUGCGAAAUGACUUUAUUAAGAAAUAUGACUGUUGAAAAUAUUUUAACAAUUGUUGAUAUUGCUGAUGAUUAUAACGCUUUGGAAUUACGUAGAAAUGCUAUAAGAUUUAUUGUUAGUAACAGUGAAAAAGUAUUUGGACUUAAAAAAUUUGAAGAAUUGUUUUACAGAAAGCCGCGAUUGAUGUUUGAGCUAAUGUGUACUAUUGACAUCAAGUUAAGAGUACACGUAUAUAUGUUUGCUGAUCAUAGUAUGUCAUAUUAUAUGUUGUGACGUGUAUAUUUUUUUAAAAAUUACAUCAAAUAAUAAGUUAUAGAAGCAUCCGUACGA